AUGGCGCCCUCCUUUGAUCAUUUGCGCGAGGCCGACCUCGAUGACGACGAGUUCAACGAAGAUGAUAUUGACUUUUCCGAUCUCCGAGAGCGCUUCGACGUUCAACUCGACAAGGGCUACGAUACUUUUGUCGUCAUUGACGGUCUACCUAUCGUUACAGAAGAGCAAAAGCCCAAGCUCGUCAAGUUUCUCAUCAAGAAGCUAAACACCGUUGGCAAGGCCCGUGAAGAUUCUAUCUAUAUGCCCAUGGGUGACAAAGACAAGUCUCUAGGAUUCGCUUUCGUCGAAUACUCCUCUGCCAGCGAGGCUGCUGCUGCCGUCCGCUCCCUUGACAUGGUCCCCCUCGAUAAGAAGCACACACUGCGCAUUAACAAGAUAAGCGAUAUUGAGAGAUAUGGCGCUGAGGGACGUGUUAAGGAAGAAUACGUCGCCCCCGAGAUUGCUCCCUUCGAGAAGCGUGAGCACCUCAAGUGGUGGCUUAAGGACCCCGCUGGACGCGGUCGCGAUCAGUUUGUCAUGUACCGCGGUGACAAUGUCGGUGUCUUCUGGAACAACGAAAAGGACCAGCCCGAGAAUGUUGUCGAACGCCAGCACUGGACCGAGACCUUUUUGCAGUGGUCGCCCAAGGGCAGCUACCUCACUUCUAUUCACGCCCGUGGUGUCCAAAUUUGGGGUGGCAGCUCCUGGUCCAAGCUGGGCCGCUUCCCCCACCCGUUUGUCAACCUUGUCGCAUACUCGCCCAACGAAAAGUACCUCGUCACUUGGUCUAACCGCCCGAUUUCGGUACCCGAGGAUGGCGGGGAUGGUACCCUUACUGCUGAUGACGAGGGCAAGAACUAUGUCAUCUGGGACAUUGAGUCGGAGAUGCCCAUUCGUUCGUUUGCCAACCUGGAGCCGCCCAAGUCUGAAGAUGGCAAGCCCCCGCCCAAGCAGCAAUGGCCCGCGUUCAAGUGGUCGGCCGACGACAAAUACGUCGCUCGUCUGAACCCUGGACAGUCCAUCUCGGUAUACGAGCUUCCUCGCAUGAACCUCCUCGACAAGACCACCAUCAAGAUUGACAGUGUGGUUGACUUUGACUGGGCUCCUGCCACGGUCAAGCGCGACGGUGUCAAGACGUACGAGCAACUGUUCUGCUUCUGGACUCCUGAGAUUGGCAGCAAUCCCGCUAAGGUUGGCCUAAUGAGCGUUCCUUCCAAGGAAAUUGUCCGCAGUCUGAAUCUCUUCAGCGUCAGUGAUGCUAAGCUCCACUGGCAAUCCGAGGGUGCCUACCUGUGCGUCAAGGUGGACCGCCACUCCAAGUCGAAGAAGUCCCAGGCUACGACGCUGGAGAUCUUCCGCGUCAAGGAGAAAGGCGUGCCCGUCGAGGUUGUCGACACGAUCAAGGACACAGUCAUCAACUUUGCUUGGGAGCCCAAGGGUGACCGUUUCGCCAUUAUUACCACAACCGAGCCUGUGGCCGCAACGGCGGUGGCUCCUAAGACGGCAGUAGCUUUCUUCUGCCCUGAGAAAGCCAAGGGCCCGGUCGCCGGCAACUUUAAGCACCUUCGCACGCUGGAUAAGAAGAACAGUAACGCCAUCUAUUGGUCACCUAAGGGCCGUUUCGUACUUAUUGCCACGAUUGGCAACCAGCAAAGUUCGGAUCUUGACUUCCUUGACCUCGACUUUGAGGGCGAGAAGCCCGAGUCGGAUAAGGACCUUACGGCCAACCUGCAGCUGAUGAACACCGCUGAUCACUACGGAGUGACGGAUAUUGAAUGGGACCCCUCUGGUCGUUUUGUGGCGACCUGGGCCUCUGCGUGGAAACACUCGAUGGAAAACGGCUACCACAUUUACGAUUUCCGUGGCGAGGUUUUGAGAGAAGAGCCCGUCGAGAAGUUCAAGCAGUUCCAAUGGCGGCCGCGUCCGGCAACGCUACUUACCAAGGAAGAGCAGAAGCAAGUGCGCAAGAACCUGCGGGAGUACAGCCGCGUAUUUGAGCAAGAAGAUGCCGACCGUGGAGCGUCUGCCGACUUGGCUGUUGUGGAGGCGCGCCGCCGCAUGCUGGAGGAGUGGUACAUGUGGCGUGCGGAUGUAGAGGAGGAGAUCUACGAGGAGAGAGAGGCGCUCGGCCUACCACAAGACCCGCACGCCGGACUACUGGCGGCGAAGACGAAGGAAGUGGAGGGUGCAGACGAUUCAGGGCAAGAGGAGCGCAUUAUCGAAGAGAUUGUGGAGGAGGUUUUGGAAGAGACAGAGGAGAUUGUGGGUUAA